AUGGACGAUCAAAAACCCAUCAUACGUUUUGCACACAACUCAGCACCCCAGGGGGCAUCAUCUGCUCACAUUGUAUACGAGGUCAACCCACCGGUCUUCACUAUACGCAAAGUGCCCAGCACCCAGCAAACUGCUCAACUCGAUGCUGCUGCCGUCAAAGUGGUGGCAUCGCGUAUUGAGCGCUUUCAAAGCUUCCUCGCUCGCGCAAAGCAAGCUGCUGGCAUUCCUUUGCAACACAAGGUCAAGAUAUUCAGACAGUUAGAUCCUACAAAAAUUUCUGGAGACAUGCCCGACAUUGCUCAGCCAGGCAUCCCGAGCCCCCCAACUUCGAGAAAUCCUUCGCCAUCACCCUCCACUUCCAAACUCAUCAUUGAGAACUCAGUCUUUGCCAAAUGGACGGAGGGUACCAAUUUCGAGUCCAUCGAUGGCCACGAUCACACUGCAAACGACAAGUAUAACGGAAAACUGAAUCUGGAGACACUAGGCUUGAUUUCCAAUCAGGUUCUGAUACUGGAGGAGCAGCAAAGGGCGCAGAGUUUGCUUCAGAUGUGGCUAAGAAAGGCAACAAGAACAAUUCCCAGCUGUCUCAAACAGAGAGUGCCAGUAAACGCACCAGCCCUGCUCCCACAGCUCCCGUCACGCGUGGACGUGUCCGUAAAGAUGGCAGAACCCGUGGUACUAUUGGUCUGA